UUAUAACUCCUAAACUAGAAACACAGUGAGUUAAGUGUUCACAAAAAACAAUGGAUGAUAUUGUAGGAUACGGUUUUCGUCCAACAGAUGAAGAGCUUGUGAAGUUCUACCUCAAACACAAGUUGCUCGAUGAUGAUCCCUGUGUCCACGUCAUCCUCGACGUUGACCUUUGUGAAGUGGAACCUUGGGACGUACCAUUGUUAUUAGCAGAUUCAGCUGUGCGAUUCAAUGGCCGUGAAUGGUUCUUCUUCAGUCCUGUUGAUUACAAGUAUUCAAAUAGUAAAAGGGUUAACAGGACAACCAAGUGUGGCUUCUGGAAACCCACUGGAAAAGACCGUGGCAUUAGGAGCAAGGACACCAACAAUGUCAUUGGGACUAAGAAAACUCUAGUUUACUAUCAAGGCCGUGUUUCUAGUGGUGUCAAGUCCAAUUGGGUUAUUCAUGAAUAUCAUGCUGUUACCUUUCAUGAAAGCCAGAGGACUUUUGUUUUAUGUCGCUUGAUGAAGAAACCUGGGAAAACAACUGAAGGUGGAACUGAUGCACUGAUCUGUGAUGAAGGGGGGCCCAGUAGAAGCAUGGUUUCUGACUAUGAAAAUCAGGCAACAACACAAGGAAUUCCAUCUGGAGGUACUUUUACAGGAAUGGAAACAACCUUUCAGGGAAUGCAUCUGGCUGAGAAAUACUUCUCCCCAACACAACAGUCUCCCACUGGUAUUGAGCAGGAAGAACCAUCCUUUACAAACUAUCCAUUUAACAAUGCCUAUUUUAGAAAUGAAGACAACUUUAUGCAGACUCCAUUUGAAACUAAGGAGGAAGAUGCGUUCCUGAAUUCAAUUUUUGUUGAUGAGAAUUUAGUUAUCAAUGAAGAAAGUAUGCAUGCUUUUGUCAAUAGCUCCACCCAAUCAGAGUCAUUGAGAAGGGUAUAUUGUGAAAGCAGUGAUACAGAUGCUGAAGUAGUCUCUGAAAGGGAUGAUAAUAUUGUUGAUGUUUCAACAAUGUGCAACGAAUAUCCUAAUUCAGACGGAUACUAUUCAUCAGAAAGGUUUGAAUCAUCACAUGGUGCUGUCCAAGAUAGCUUAUGUCUUCUAUCUACUAACCACGAAGCAAACCAAGAGACAAUGGAAAGUAUACUCCAAAAUAAUUUCUGGGGAAUGGAGCAAUCCUAUUGUGACUCUACUGCAAAUAAACCUUUGGAGAUCAAUUAUACUGAAAUUUCUAGUUCUCCUUCCACUCGGAGGAGAUGGAUAAAUCAGUAUCAUCCAAGACCAGACUACUUCACAUCCCAAAAGACUGAUGAAGAUCUGAGACACAGAGGAAGGUUUCAAACAAUGCAGUAUCGCAUGUAGAGGCUCAGAAGGAAUUGCUCAUUGUAAAAUCAGAAAAAUGCUCAAAAUACUAGUUCAAGAGAGAACUUAGAAGCCAGAAGCCAUCAUCCUCUGAUGACAAUAGGAAAGGUUCUUUCAUCUAUGUGAAGACUGAAGAUUACUUCAUCAAGCCAGAGCCUAUUUCCAUGCUUACUAUAUCUUGUCAAUUUAAUGGUAGGGAUUUUGUUGUUAAUAGUCAUAAGAUUGGAGUGGGAAGUAUUAUCAUGUUACAACUUCGAAAUACAAGUACUAUGCAUGAAGGGCUUGUGAGUGUGUCACCAUGGUUCCUUUUCAUGUAGUGCUACUACAUGGCAAGCUCUGUUUUAGGAAUUUCAUCAUUAUAAGAUAGGUGAGGCUUAUAGUUCAUAUGUAUUUUGCAAUGAGUUAUCCUUAUUGCUUCUUUCUUAUCAUAAUGAAAUAUCUCUGCUUACCAUUUGCUGCC